AUGGAAGAACUCUACAAAGUAUAUUUAGUAUACAAAACACGUGGGCUGAAAUGUGCUGCAUGCAAUCUUGGUGAAAACUACUAUAGUGAUGGUUAUCGCUGCUUUCGUUCUGGUUUCUUCUUUCACGAGGAAUGUGCUGACUCGAAGUACGAAGUUUUCAACCCAUAUCAUCCCCAACAUACGUUAAAAAUCAAGGUGUUUUCAGAAAUUGAAGAUGUCCAUGGUGAAUGCAAGCUUUGUAGAGGUAAAUUGUCCAAAAUGUAUUAUUAUUGUUCAGUAUGUGAAUUUGCAAUCGAUUUGAUAUGCACAAGAAAAAGUGUUAUGAAGACGAUUCAAGAUCCAGAGAACCAUGAGCAUCCUUUAUACCUUGUUCCAGAGAUGACUAUGUUUACAUGUCGUAUAUGUGAACUUCCUGAUGAUCGGUUCCCUUAUGGAUGUCACUUAUGUGAGCUGAGAUUUCACAAAGACUGUGCUGAAUCUCCACCAGAGAUCAACUACUCUUGUCAUCCUUAUCACCCUCUCAAGCUUCUCACACGUGUUCCAAGUUACAUUGAUGGGAAAUGUUGCUUGUGUGGAAACAAGCUUCAUAUUUUGUUUUAUCAUUGUUCUAUCUGCAACUUCAGUGUGGAUCUAGAUUGUGUAAAGAGUCCACCCCCUGUCACUCUUAUCAAUCUAAAAUCUCAUGGACAUCAACUCACUCUUUUGCCUCAACGAAUUUUUGUUUGUAAUGCUUGUGGAAUGAGUGAUGAUCCAAAUCCAUAUGUAUGUUUUCAGUGCAAUUUCAUGAUCCAUAGAAGUUGUAUAAACAUGCCAAACAUCAUAAAAAUAAAUCGCCAUGUUCAUCGUAUCAGCUACAAUCAACGCCUUAAUGCCGGAGAUUGGAAAUGUGGAGUGUGUAAGAAAGAGAUAAUCUGGACAUGUGGAGCUUAUUCUUGCGCGAAAUGUCCUGGUUUAGCAUUUCAUGUGAAAUGUGCCACGAAGUUCGGGAUUUGGGAUGGUGUUGAACAUGAAGACAUAUUUGAAGAUAUGACAGAUUUAAAUUCAUACGAGGAGAUCAAAGAAGGAGUUAUAAAGCAUUUUAGUCACGAGAAGCAUACUUUAAAGCUCAAAGAAGAGAGUGAUGCUAAUGAUGAAUGCAUGUGGUGUGACAUAUGUUCAUAUCCCAUAUUUUCUAGCUCGUUCUACGAUUGCAUGGAAUGUGAUGAGUUCACCGUUCAUCAGAAAUGUGCUCAUCUUCCAAAAAAGAUAAAAGACUCCUUCUAUAUGUUGCCUAUGACUCUAGUAUCAAGAUUUGAUGAAUUAUUUAUAUGCAGUGUUUGUCAAAACUUUGUUCGAGGUUCAGCAUACAUAAGUGACAAUAAUAAUCUCUCCCUUGAUGUGCGAUGUGGUUCUAUUUCUGAGCCUUUUGUCCAUGAAAGUCAUCCUCAUUCAUUGUACAUCAAUUACUCAACUGGAGACAAAAGCUGCAUUGCUUGUGGAAAUAAGGCAUCUGUGGUUUUGAGUUGCGAAGAAUGUGAAUUUGUUUUAGAUAUUAAAUGUUCUAUUUUGCCAAAGAUGGUAAACCACAAAAAUGAUAAAGAUCAUUUGUUAUCUCUAUGUUACGGAGAAAAUAGUAGUGUGCAGUACUGGUGUGAGGUAUGUGAAGAAGAUCUUAAUCCUAAUAAAUGGUUUUAUUCAUGUGAUCAUUGUGGUAUCACUUGUCAUAUUAAAUGUACGCUCGGAGACUUCAUCUGGAUUAAACCAGGAAAGGUAGAUAGGUUUUCUCUGAUUCCUAAUUAUCGUAUAAAUCGACUGGUUUGUGGUGUGUGUAAAUCUCGCUGCAAAUUCCCAUCUGUCCUAGAGGUCUCUGAAAUAGUUACAAUCUGUUCCGUAGAAUGUAUAAAAAUAUAUCGUGACUUGUAAAGAUUCAGUUUGCUACCCACUGAUUUAUGUAAAGUGCAUUUGCACCAAACUCAUCGUUGUCA